UUGAAUUCAUUUACCAAGAGGAGGAAGAGAAAAACAUUGCUUUCAAGCGCAUAGGUCAAUGUUAUGUACACAAAUAAUGGGAUUUUAUUUAUCUAGUAUUAUUAAAGAGUCGUCAAACCCUUUAUAUACCUUCCAUUAAGCGCGAGAUUUGAGGUUUUUGAGGUUCGUCGUAUAUUUAGCUUAUGCACAAACGCUUUUAUAAUCUCUGUUUACAGCAUAUGAAGUAGGUCAUUGCUGUUGGCAUGUUUCUGGUGGGGUUAACCGGAGGUAUCUCCUCAGGGAAAAGCACAGUGUCUUCUCAACUGAAAGAACUGGGCUGUCCUGUCAUCGAUGCAGAUGUGGUUGCCCGAAAAGUGGUGAAGCCCCAGAGCCCAGCGUACAGACUGAUUUUGCGGUACUUUGGACAGGAAAUUUUGUUAGACAAUGGCGAGAUUGACAGACAGAAGCUGGGGCAGAUAAUCUUCUCCAACCCAGAGAAACGAAGACUUCUAAACUCCAUCACACACCCAGAAAUUCAUAAAGAAAUGUUCAAACAGAUACUGCUGUACUUCAUCAAAGGCUACAGAUAUGUGAUUUUGGAUGUGCCGCUGCUUUUCGAAACACGACGUCUCACCCGGUUCCUAACCCACACUGUUGUCGUAUACUGUGAUCCGGCGACGCAGCUGUCCCGACUCAUGCAGAGGGAUGGUUUGAGUCAGGAGGAGGCCGAACAGAGAAUCGGCGCUCAGAUGCCCCUCAAAGAGAAGCGUGGACUCGCCAGUCACGUGAUCGAGAACUCGGGCUCUCGCGAGGACACUCACAGACAGGUGCUGCGGCUGCACACCAAGCUGGAGGACUCCAUGGAGUUUCUGGUUGUCAGGGCCGUCGCCGUGGCAGCCGUCGCCGGGCUUGGCGGUCUGUUCUUGUAUACAAUCAGACUGCUUGUCUCUUAGCAAAUAUCUUAAAGGAAUAGCUCACCCAAAAAUGAACAUUCUGUCAUCAUUUACUCACAGAACGCAUUUCUUGCUUUUAUGGGAGACAUUUUGAAGAACAUUGGAUCCCAUUGACUUUCAGUGUAUGGAAAAUCCCUUGUGUUGUGCGGAAGAAAUUAGGUCAUACAUGUUUGGAACGACAUGAGGCUGAGUAAAUGAUGACAGCAUUUUCAUUUCAGUCUAAAAACAAUGGAGAAUAUGAUUUUAUGUUUUCAUUUUUUCGUUAGGUUUUUAUUUGAUGUCGAACCUCACUUGUUUUCGAUAUUCUGACCUCACCACCGACAGCUAGCUUACAGCCUGAGCUACAACUGUGAAAUCUAGAUAUUGACGGUUACUUGAUGGGACGGUACUUCUAGCGUCCCGUGUUAUGAGCACUAUCAUGCACAGCAGAGCAAAAGCACAGGCUGCGUAACUCUAGAAUCAACACAAUAAUUGUGAUUAGUCUUAAAUGUAACAUAUUGCAUAAAAUAUGCUACUUUUUUACCUCGACACACGUUAUUUGUUAAUUAUGAAUUCAUGCGUACAUUAAAUGAACCGAAUGUAUCAGUAUCUUCUGCUGCUCUUUGUGAACGUCAGAUAUUUUGAUCUAUAUCUGAAUUAAACGAACUGUCACAACAUCA